AUGGGACCGGACUCGCAGGGACGAUUAGUGGGAGGGAGACGGGAAGGAUGGCGGGUACGGAACGCAGCGGGGGAGGGGGAAGGAUGGGAUGGGGGGAGAGCUGGGGUAGCAGUGGCGCAAGCGGGGCAGCAGGGGGGAAAGGGAGGUGGCGCAGUUGUGACGCUGGCGGAGUCUCAAGUGUCAGCGCUGGUGCAGCUGAACGAGGCAUGGGGGGGCACAUGGCCGGGCAACACGAAUGCGACCACUGCGUGCCGCCAGUGGGCUGGAGUCACGUGCAAUCCCGCUGGAUACGUCACUGCCUUACAGCUGGACCCCUCUCUGGUGGUCAACGGCAGCAUCCCAUCCGCGCUCGUGCAGCUCUCCCUGCUCAGAACGCUCGAUCUGCACACAUUCUUCCUCAACGGCACCUUCCCUGCCACCAUCGGAGCCCUCACUCGCCUCACCUACCUUGAUUUGGGAGAGCUGGUAGCAGUCACAGGUCCCUUUGCCAACCUCACCUGGCUCUCAUCCCUCACUUCGCUGCGCUACCUGUCGCUGGCUCACAACGACAUGUACGGCGAGCUGCCUCCCCUCACUUUCUCCACUCUGCAGCAGCUCACCUUCCUAGACCUAGGCAGCCUCAAGUUUGGCUCCUUCCCAAAUUGGAUCACCGUGCUUUCCGGCUUGAAAUACCUCAAUCUGCAUGGGCUGGUCCCGGACGACCGCCCUUUCUUCCGCACCGCCAUCGUGCCUCAGGAUCUCUCCAAGCUUUCCAGCCUGGAAACCUUUGAUGCGGCAAUGAACGGGCUGCUUGGAGUGCUACCAGACUCGUGGGCAUCGCUCGUCAACCUCACAAGCCUCACAAUGAGCAGCAACAACAUCAGUGGAUCCAUCCCUCUUUCCUUCUCCAACCUCACCAACCUCCGCUCCUUGAUGUUGGAUGACAAUCAAAUGUCGGGCUCUAUAACUCAGGCCCUCAGCUCGAAUCUGGAAAACCUAGCGCUUGCCAUGAACCUGUUUGAAGGGCCUAUACCAUCAGUGCUCGCUGCCCUUCCUCUUCUCACCGGAUUGUCUAUUGAGUCAAAUCGUUUCUCUGGCAACAUCCCUCCGUACAUCUCUCGGCUCUCCUCCAUUCAAGACCUGAACCUAGGAGGCAAUCAGCUCACAGGAGGUCUUCCCAGUGUCUUCCCAAUGACAUGGCUCUUCUCUCUGACUCUGCAGCGCAACCAGUUCUCUGGCCCAGUGCCUCUUGCACUCUCCCGCCUUUCGAACCUUGGCAUGCUAUCCCUCUCUUACAACAACUUCACAGGAACGUUCCCCGCUGCUGCGCUCAACCUCCCCAACCUCAAUGCCAUUUACCUGGACUACAAUCAGUUCACCGGCCCCAUCCCUGCUGCUCUCACCCGCCUCUCCUUCCUCGCUACACUCAAUCUCAACUCCAACCGAUUCACGGGCAUCAUCCCCCCUGCGCUGCACCAGCUGUCGAACCUUGCUGACCUGACGCUUGCUGGCAACAGCCUGAGCGGGCCCAUACCACAGGAGAUCGCCAACUGGCCCAUGCUCUUCCGCCUGGACCUGCGCUACAACCAGUUCACAGGGUCUCUGCCUAACUUCAAAGCAUGGAACACCACAGGCUUGGCCAUACUCUACCUCGGAAGCAACAACCUCACAGGCGCUAUCCCAGAGUCAAUCGGGAACCUCACAUCGCUCCAGCUCCUGUCUCUGGACAGCAACAAGCUCUCAGGUUCCCUACCUGUGAAUAUCUCUGCUCUCACUCAGCUCAGUGCACUGUCACUGGGCAACAAUGCCAUUACAGGCGCUGUCGCCAAUACUCUUGCGAACCUGACAUCCCUGGAGACUCUGUGGCUGUUUGGCAACAACCUCACGGGCACCAUUCCAUCGUCCCUCUGCAACCUCACGCGCAUGAACAGCCUGGUGCUACGGAACAACCUGUUCUAUGGGACCAUGCCCUCCUGCCUUGUCAACUUCGCCAGCCUUAGAGACCUCGACGUGAGCAACAACUCGCUGACGGGCGUGGUGAACCGCAACAUGAAGGGCAUGAACCCCGGCUACAGCACGCUCAAUAUUGCACACAACUUCUUCUAUGGCGACCCCACUCUCUACGCCAACGGCACCCUCUACUGCCCCGACCAGGUGCAAUACAAUGCGAGCUUCCUGGACUUCCAGAUGACAGGGCGGGACUACACGUCUAGCGGCGGACAAAAUGCAUACCGGCGCGGGCGGGCGAGUCUGAGCAGCAACUGCUUUGACAUGGCGGUGGCAGCAGAUAGCUGUGUGGCCAACGAGACACAGAAGACCGAUGAGGAGUGCCUGGCUUACUGCGGCCUCACUGCUUCGAACCUGCCUUGCGGGGGGCAUGGUGUUUGCGUGCCUGUUUCUGCUGCUGUGGCUGUUGGUGACGGUUCGGGUAAUGCACCUGCUGCUGCUACUGCUACUGCUGGUGGAAACUCGUCGGUAGCGGCUGACAGUGCGUACACGUGUGCAUGUGACGAUGGGUAUUACCUGCUCUGGCUGGACAACGGCACUCCCACCUGCUCACUCACUCCUCCCCCUGCUGCACCGGCACCAGAAGCGCCACCGCUGUCCACGGGCGCCAUCAUUGCCAUAGUGGUGGGCGGCUGUGUUGCACUCGCCAUUGUCGCUGCUGCUGUGGCUGCCGUGCUCAUUCUCCGGAAACAGAAGAAGAGACGCACAUGGACGGAUCUGGACGUGUGCAAGGAGUACAGCAUAGAAGAGGUGCGCGCGUUCACGGAGAACUGGGACGACAAGAACGUGCUGGGCGAGGGCGGCUUUGCCACCGUGUACCGCGGCGUCAACGAGAACGGGCUGGUGGUUGCUGUCAAGCGCGUCAAGCUCAUGUCCAACGACUUCGAGACUGAGGUGCGGGCGAUGGCAACGCUGCACCACCCCAACCUGGUGCGGCUGCUGGGCUUCUGUCUGCACAUGGACGUGGAGACAGCCAAGCAGGAGCAGGUGCUCGUCUACGAGUUUGUUGCCAACGGGGACCUUGACCAUCACAUCCGCUCCCCUAAAAAGCCGCUGACUCUGGAGAGUCGGCUGAAGAUCGCCCUGGGAGCAGCAGAGGGCCUGGCAUACCUGCAUAGCUUCGCCACUCCCAUCAUUCACCGCGACAUUAAACCCAAUAACAUCCUCAUCACUGAAUCCUUGGAGGCCAAGAUCGGUGAUUUCGGGCUGCUAAAGCAGCUACAGUACGGAGAGGGCAGCAACAACGCCACCAAGGUGGCAGGCACGCCCGGCUAUGUGGACCCGGAUUACAACCGCACCGCCAUGGUCACUACCAAGAGCGAUGUGUACAGUUUUGGAGUGGUGCUUUUGGAGAUCCUCACAGGCAAGCCAGUCACCAUCGACAGGUCCUGCCACAUCGGCAAAUGGGCGUCCAUCAAGCUACACGACUACCAGAUAGAUGAGCUCAAGGACAAGACACUGACGGCCUCAGAGGACGCUGUUCUGGAGCUCGCAGACAUUGCCCUCGACUGCAUCAAGCGCCGCGCUGCCCACCGCCCCGAAAUGGCAGAUGUCGUGCUGCGAUUGGGCGCCAUGGUGCGCGAAUUCUGCCCAGCGGACAGACAGGAGGGAGGAGGAGGUGAGGGAGGAGGAGGAGGAGGAGGGGAAAGGCCUGGGCGUUUUAGGCUGGGCCGAGCGCUUUCGACAGCGGAGGAUGAUAUGGAGAUGGGGGGGCAUGGGGGAGGGGGUCACAGCCGCAUGGACGGGCGGUCCUCGGGGGCUAUGACGCUGCGAUCUGAGAUUGCAUCGCUGUGUGCGAACAGUGAGAUCAUGGAUCGGAAUCACAGCAGUGCCACCAUAAAUAAUGAUGACUCUAUGAUUGUGGCUGCUGCUGGCAGCAGCUAUGUUGGCCUCCAGCAGGGACCCUCCGCACGGUGA